AUGUUUUAUAUCACUGAUGAUUUGAAAUUGGUGAUAUUAGACUAUCACAACUACAACAGGUCGAUAUCAUUUGAUCAUACAACCUUUAGUACUUGGAGUUAUUUUCAUUCCAUAAUCCUGGAUAUAUCAUUACCAACUAUUGAAAGCAUCAUCAAGUCUGAAGAAGAGAUCAGAAGCAAACUGAGGGUUUCAGUCAAUUAUCAAACACUAUUAGAAUAUGUCUUGAAAUUAUAUACGCCCCUGGUAGAUUUAAAUUGUGUGCUUGAUUUAGUAACCAAUUUUAUUGCAAUGUUUCAUCCCAAACUUCCUAUUGUAGAUCAAGCUAAAUUAGUCGAGGAUAUUGAACAUCUAGGUAAUCAUUAUCAGAGCUCCAUCCCCAAUGACGGCAGUAAUUCACUAGUCUCACAAUUUCAACGAAUAUAUUUGACUAUAAAUAAGUACUCACCCAAUAACGUGUUUUAUUUGGAUGAAAUUAAUUUAUCAAUACCAUCUACAAACGACCUUAUUUCGAUUAGUUUACUGGGAAACUUAUCUGCCACUGAGAUUUUAGAUCCAUUCGUAGUUUCCAGUAUCCCGACAUCGCAGCUCAACUACUUCCCGAAUGGAUUAUUUAACCCCUAUCACUUGUACAUAUACCUUUUACGAAUUAAUUUCCAUUUUCAUUUACAGAAUAGAAAGAUUAUACUUAUCCUUCAAAAUAAUUGUCGAUUAAUAGAUUUUCAAUUCUCAAAUAUCGAGAUAUUCUAUGUCGAUUCCAAAGUAGAUAAGUACUUAGAUAAACUUUAUCUAAAGCUCCCAGAUGGCUUUGGAUUGAAUGAUUAUGUAACCUAUAGAUUAUCGCAAUCAAUUCAAAAUAUUGAUAGAGUAGGUGUGAUACCGGUUUUAUUAUACAACUAUCACAUACUUAUGAAAUCCCUUGUUGACGAUCCAACAUUACAACAUUUUCAUCAAUUAAACAUCAUGAAAUCAGGAUUCUUGAGGAACUCAUUAGAUUGCAAAUCAUAUAAUCCAAGAAUUGUCCCAAAAGGUUUCAAGUUCUCUUUGGACGGGAUAGAACAUAAAAGUGUUAUAAUGGAUUAUAAUUAUGGUAUUAUGGAUUUAUAUGACAUAAUUCAUAAGUUAUCGAAUUUCGUAAUUCCAAACCCAAUUUCUUUUGAUUUUGCAAAAGUUAAUAAAUUCUUUAUGUCAGAUCUUUUGCCAAUGCUAUCGGAUUCAGGAAAGUCAGAUUUGUAUUUUAAAUUCAUGCUACUAUAUAAUGAUAUUAAACAAGAAAAUCAGCCUUCAAUGGAUCCGCCAGGUAUUAUAGAAAAACUUACGCCACCACAGAUUGAAAUUGCUUCAGAAAAUCGUGAAUUGUUUAGGCAAACAUACCUUAUAAAUCAAGAAAUUUCCGGUGAUAGACAUAUUGACAGGUCAAACUUCCUAUCAACAUUGUAUGAAGAAACUGUCACGUUCCGUAAUGAUAUUCUCAGCAAUGGAGCUGACAGCAAUGUCGAGAAACGGGUCUCAGAUUCCCAUAUAAAUUCAGAGAUGUCUAAUGGAUUGGAGUCUCAAAAAUCAACAUCUUCGGAGAUGACACAAUUUUCUCACACGACCAUAAGGCUCCCCAAAGAUACAGCAACAGUGGCAAUGCUCGAGUCUAACAAACCAUCUGUGCCAAUUGAAAACCAGCCACAAAUACCUAACUCUAAGAGGAAACUUUCUACAGAAUUAGAGUGUCCUGUCACUAUCAAGAAAUCGAAGAUUAUUGAAUCAUUCAGCGAAGCAGACUUAGAAUUUAUUGGACCAGAGGAUGAAGACGAGGAAGAGGGGUCAGCAACGGCCGAAACUACGGAGGACUCAUUUGCAAUUCAAACUAUUAGAACGAAAUAUAUCCCCUCUUCUUCAAAUUCAACCAGUGCAAAUGGGACCAAGAUCGAUAACACUUCCAUGCUUAGUAAUGGCAAUCAUGAUGGUUUUGUGGGAAGUAUUUUCGAUGGUGAGAGCUUCUCAAAGCUGAAGGCUGAUUCAACACAUGCUUUGAACGAUCAAAUCGAAGGAAAGGAAACCGGACCAGCAGUACAACGUAAGGCUGUUAAUAGUUCACCAAUAGUAGAGCAAAUGGAGAAGCUGGAAAUAGCUGCGAACGUUGGCCAAUUAGAUGCGGAUAAGAAUGAAGUGGGACUGAUCCAAGAAGAAGAAAUCGAGUCUCUGGUGGAUGAGGGAGAGGAACAAAACAUUUCGCCAACUGAACUGGAAGAAUAUGAAGAAUCAGAAUCAGGAUCAGAAUCAGAUUCAGAAGAGGAAGAGUCAGUAGAUGAAGAGAACAAGCAACAAACUGAGGGUGACAAAAUCAUCGAGUCAAAUGUAGAGGAAGAAACAGAAGAAAAAGAGAAGGCUGCUGCAGAAAAUGGUAUCCCAGAGAAGUCCAGAAAUGAUGUGUCAAUUGGAGGAAUAAUCAAGAAAGUGCACGAAGAAAGGGACGAUGAUGUCGAUGGGGCGGUCGUUGAAAAGAAAGACAAAGAAUUAGUCAAAGGGGAAUCCACAGUGGAAGCCAACGAAACAUCCGAAUCAGAAGAAUCAGGAGAGGGAUCCGAAGAUGAAUCUAAUGAAGAAUCUGGAGAAGGGUCCGGAGAAGAAGAAGAGUCGGAUUCUGAAGAUCUGGAAGAGGAAUCGUUGGAAGCAUCCAAAGAACAAAAUGGGAAUUUGCCCAUAUCCAUGUGUAUCUCAGAAGCAGUAGAUGCAAUGGAAAUGGACGAGGAAAUCCACAAUGAAAACGAAGUGGAACUGGCAGAAAUGGAUAUAGACGAAUCAUCAUCAGAAGAGGUGUCAGAUGAAAGUGAAUCCGAAUCAGAAGAAGAAAGAAAUACUCAAAAACUAGUGGAAGUCCUUGUCGGUUCUAAGAGACCCCUUGUUGCAAAUAUUCAAGAGAUUAAUACUUGUGGCAUUACAGUAGCCAAUACAAAAGAUUCUAAUAGUGAACCAAGCUCUGAUGAAGAAGAGGACGAAAGCUCUGAACGCUCUGGUGAUGAGGAAAUGUCAGAUAGUAGCACAGGGGCAAAGUCUGGAGAUGAUGAUGAUGAUGAAGAAGAAGAAGAAGAAGAAGAAAUAAAUAAAACUCCAGUUUUAGUCGCGCCGAUUAUCCAAAAUAGACUGGGCAGUGAACUUCCAAGUAUUAUUAAGCUGAAUCAAAACCCACUUUUAUCCAAGAGUAAUCGAUCCCAAUCGGUUACUCCUCCAUCAAGUGCAAUUUCUUCCACGACCCCACUCAAUCGGAAACCGAUAGCAUCAUUGAUGGACCUCAAACAACCAACCACUACCAUCGAAACGAAAUCGACACCAAUGAAAUCUUCCAGCCCUUCUAAGUCGAAAAUAUUCAGAAUGUCAAAUGAUUCCGACAGCAGCAGUAGUAGCGAAAGUGAGAGUGAAAGUGAAAGCGAAAGUGAGAGUGGAAGUGAAAGCGAGAGUGAGAGUGGAAAUGAAGAGAACAAAAGUGUGGCCGAUAGCGGGGAAAUAAAGGUUACUUCGGCUGCAGUUGUUUCGGGCAAAACGUCAAAUUCUGACAAAAUUGAUUCCCGAAAUAGCGAUGAAGAUAGCGAUAGUGGAAGUGGAAGUGGAAGUGGAAGUGGAAGUGGAAGUGGAAGUGGAAGUGGAAGUGGAAGUGAUAGUGAUACAGAUAGCGAUAGUGGAAGUGGAAGUGGAAGUGGAAAUGAUAGUGAUAGUGAGAAUGAUAGUUCCAGUUCUUCGGAAGUAGACGACGUGGCAUCAAAGAAGGAAAUCAACGUAAGUGGCGCAAGUGCCAACCAAAUUAAACCUGAUAAUAGCAUUGACCCAAAUACUGCGAACAUCAACAACAAUGGCCUUGACAGUGGCAGCGAAGGGGACAGUGAGAGCGAGGGCGAGAGUGGCAGUGACAGUGAUAGUGAUAGUGAUAGUGGCAGCGACACCGGAUCAGGCGAAGAAGAAGACGCAGAAGAGGUUGCUAACCUCAAAACAACGACCCAAGAAUAUCAGAGCAAAUCGAGUGGAAAUGGUAAAGUCAAUCAGCAAAUUACUACUGAAAUGAGUAAAAAUGAAACAGAUAGCGAGCUGGAUAAAGAUAUGAGUGAUGCCAGUGACAGUGAGAGUUCAUCCGAUGAAGAAGAUCAAGAGUUGGUAACUGAAGAGAAAACAAAUAGGGCCGACAAAGAAAGCGUUGUAGGAACAAACGGUGCAACUGACAGCGAUGGUAGUAGUAGUGAAAGUAGUGGUGAUAGUGCUAGUGACAGUUCAUCAGAAGAAGAUGAAAUGCCGAUUUCUCAAAGAGUGAGACAUGAUCUGUUUACUGGAUCUCAGGAAACAAAGUCCCGGCAAAAUAUGAGAAUAAUUAACCACAAGAAGAAACAAAAUACAGAUGGUAAUCUCGAUACUUCAGAAAGUGAUCAUCUGUCAAGUGAAGAAGCCGAUUCCGAUGAUUCCAUUGGUUUUUAA